CGGAUAGCGGACUCCUCGAAGAUCUACACCAACUUAGGAUUAGUGCAUGCCGCGAUCGGCGAACACGAAUUGGCCGUUGAACAGUUUCGGAAAGCUACAGGAGCCGAUCAGUAUCUGGCCAUCGCGUAUUUUCAGUGCGGGGUCUCAAACUUCCUGCUCGAGCGAUACGAGCUAGCUCUUUCGGACUUCGAACAAACAUACCUCUAUAUGCGAGGAAACACGACUAUAUUCAACCUGUAUAGCGCCGAAGUGUUAUUCAAUAAAGGGCUUUCCAUGAUUUAUUUGGGUCAGCUUGAAGAAGGACUCGCCGGAAUGAGAGAAGCAGAACGUCAGCAAAUGACUGAUGCGCACAAGGUCAUUACCGAUGCCGUCAGAGACCAAGGCGAUGGUUAUACUGUAUUCUCAAUGCCUAUGGGUGUGCUCUAUCGGCCGCCGGAGAAGAAAGUGAAGAAUACCGCGCCGAAAAAUUAUAUUGGAAAGGCGACACUGGUUGCUGCACAAGAGACUCAGGAUUUGUUCACCGGGUUCACCGGUAUU